AUGGCAGGAGGAGCAACAGGAGGCGGUCAUUCUCAGGCCGCAGAGCGCCGUCUCGCCCUCGCAGGGAAGGGUGGAUGGGGAGGCCUGGUGCACAACCGUCGAGUUUUUGCCAUUGCCAUCUAUGCGUCUCUGGGUGGUCUUCUAUACGGCUACAACCAAGGUGUCUUCUCCAGCGUCCUAACAAUGUUCUCCUUCGACCAGCGCAUGGCCUCUGCUGUCAACGACCCCACCACCAAGGGUUGGCUCGUCUCUAUCCUUGAGCUUGGUGCCUGGUUCGGAGUGCUCAACACUGGUUACAUUGCUGACUAUCUCUCCCGCAAAUGGACCAUCUUCUGUGCCGUCUUCGUCUUUUGCAUCGGAGUCAUCGUACAGAUCACCGCCCAGCAACCGUCGUCUAUCUACGGCGGUCGAUUCAUCACUGGUAUGGGCGUGGGUUCCCUUUCCAUGGCAGUCCCGCUGUACAACGCCGAGCUCGCCCCUCCUGAAGUGCGUGGGUCACUCGUUGCACUCCAGCAGCUAGCCAUCACAUUUGGCAUCAUGAUUUCCUUCUGGAUCGACUAUGGUACUAACUAUAUCGGCGGCACCGGCUCGACACAGUCCGAGGCAGCCUGGCGCCUUCCGCUUGCUCUCCAGCUUGUCCCCGCUCUUAUCCUCGGAGCCGGCAUUUUGUUCAUGCCCUAUUCUCCGCGUUGGCUCAUCAGCAAGGGUAGGGAUGAGCAAGCCCUUAAGGUGCUCUCACACAUGCGCCGUCUUCCGGAGGAUCACGAGCUGGUCCAGAUCGAAUAUUUGGAAAUUAGGACGCAAGUCAUAUUCGAGCAGGAAGUUAGCCAAGAGAUGUUCCCUCAGUACCAAGGCGGCACCCUGUACGAUGGCUUCAUGCUCGGUGUUCGAGGCUAUCUGAGUCUGCUUACCAACAGAGUCUACCUCCGCCGUACCGCUGUUGGCACGAUUACCAUGUUCUUCCAGCAAUGGACUGGUGUCAACGCCAUUUUGUACUACGCCCCAUCUAUCUUCGGCGCCCUCGGCUUGACGGGCAACACAGUGCAGCUGCUCGCUACAGGCGUGGUCGGCAUCGUCAUGUGGAUUGCCACUAUUCCCGCCGUGAUCUGGGUCGACGACCUUGGCCGCAAGCCCGUCCUAAUCUCCGGCGCUUUCCUCAUGGGUGCAUGCCAUAUCAUCAUCGCUAUCCUGACGGCGCUGUUCCAGAGCGACUGGGGUGCACACGGAGCGGCCGGUUGGGCGGCUUGCGCGCUCGUCUGGGUCUUCGCUAUUGGCUUCGGUUACUCUUGGGGCCCAUGCGCCUGGAUCAUCGUUGCCGAGGUGUACCCACUUUCCAUCCGUGGCAAGGGCAUGUCCAUCGCUGCUUCGUCCAACUGGAUGAACAACUUCAUCGUCGGCCAAGUCACGCCCACCAUGAUGAGCAACAUCACAUACGGCACUUUCCUCUUCUUUGGCAUCUUCUCCCUCAUGGGUGGCUUCUACAUUUGGUUCUUCGUCCCUGAGACGAAGGGCCUAACCCUCGAAGAAAUCGACGAAGCGUUCGGCGAUACCACCGGCACGGCCGUGAAGGAUGAGGAGCACCAGGCCGCUAUCGCGAAGCGUAUUGGACUCAUUGCGUUGCUCGAGGGUCGUGACGGCUCCUCCUCGCCGCAGAUUCUCGAUGACUCGGAGAAGAAAAUCCACGAAGAGAAUGUGUAG